AUGGCGGGACACGAGGUGGGCUGUGAGGAGGACCCGCUCUCUGUGGCGCUGCAGCUGCCGGCGGAGUCCGGCUCUGACGCCGAGGAGGAGGGAGAGGACGCAGGGGGCCCGAGGAAGGCGGCUGUCGGGGGCGUUCAGAGGCUGGAGACGGAGUUCAUGGACUUGGGCUGUGGCCGGGAGUCGAACCCAGCAAGCAGGCCGCAGCACAUCGCUCGUCCCGAGCCGAGGCUUCCUUCGCCCGACAUCGUGGAGCCCAUUCCACACAGCAUUGGCCGCACCGGAGCCGUCGGGCGUGUAUUCCAAGUGGCUUUCUGCCGUGAACCAUCCCUCUUUUCUGCUCCAGAGUACACGGUGCACACGCAGCGGACAGCAGUGAAAAGCUUUGCAUUGACGAUCGAGCGGUCCAUGACCCAGGCGAUCAUGGUAGCAGCGGCGGCGGCGGCGGCUUUCCUCGAUUACGGUGCGGCUGGACCCGGGGGUUCCCCGCCGGCGGCUUCUCUGGGCUCCCUACUGUACGGCGGCUGGCUCGCCUCUGCUGCCGCCUCCGCCGCCCGACCACACCCGCACCUGUUCGGCCUGCAAGCCCCGAAGCCCUCUGGAAGGCGUUCUCGGAAGCCGGGGCUGGACCGGAAGCCCCGCCAAGCGUACAGCGCCAAGCAGCUGGAGCGACUCGAAGCCGAGUUCAAGCUGGACAAGUACCUGAGCGUCAGCAAGCGGAUGGAGCUGAGCAAGGCUCUGGCGCUGACGGAGGUGCAGAUCAAGACGUGGUUCCAGAACCGGCGCACCAAGUGGAAGAAGCAGCUCACGUCCCGCCUCAAGAUGGCUCACAGGCAGGGGCCCUGA